CCUUCUCUUCAUGAUCUUGGGUUUUCACGCGUCGGCCGUGUGCGUGAGCCUAGAUGUGUCGCGGCGAGAAGGAAAAUCAUGACCACUGCCUAGCCUAGUCUCAGGAUGGAGGAGUGCAUCUUGGGAUUACAGGUCAUGAUCUUUCGAUAUGUGUUCAGACCAAACCAGUGACAGUGACGAGAUAGCACAAGCCAUCAGACUGACUUGUGGAGCACCAAAGAAGAGACCAAGACGCGCUCCUGCCUCUCGCGUCCUGGUCACACCAACAUGCUUCUCCUUGCAACUCCCAAACAAAUUCAAUCUCUGAAAGGCGCAAAUCCAGCGUGUUCCAGGACGUACCGUGAAUCCACCAGGACGAGGCUCCUGAUCGAAACGCUGGGCUGACGCGCAUUCACCGGAGUUAUUCCUUGCAGGGCUCAUCGCGAGCCUAAUACAAACCUUGCCAGGGAUGAGAUUACGUUCAUGUGUCACCUUGAUGCAAAAUGUGGAUGCGGCCAAAUUGAAAAAGGCGCUCUCUGACACCAGCCAAAGCACUACGCACGGUUAUAUCUGACUGUGUCUGCACGCAAGGUGUAAAUCCGUCACCAUGAAGUACGCCAAACUCCUGUCGCUCCUUUCUCUCCUCCCCGUCAUCUCCGCUGCGAGCUCGUCCUCGGCAUCCAGCGCCGCAUCAUCCGCCUCGUCGUCUGCGUCUGGCUCCUCGUCAACCAGCGCUGCUUCAUCCACCUCCUCGUCCUCCGCAACCUCAUCAUCCCCUACCUCUUCCGCCUCUGCCUCGUCUGGCUCCACAUCCAGCUCUGCCUCUGGCUCUGCCUGGGUUAGCGACAGCGUCACCUUCACCACCAUUUCUGGCACCCCGGUCACCACCGUCUCUCUCGUGCCCACUGAAACUGGCGCAAUCUCGGUCCCGUUCUCCAAGUAUCCCUUCACGCCCUUCCCGACGCCCACGCUCGCGCCCAACCUACUUGGGUACCCGUCGGUUGACCCUCUCGAGCCGCCGCCCGUCCGCUCAGAUGGGCCGCAAGACAUUCCUGACUUUGCGCCCGCCUGGGCUGCGGCGUAUGAGAAGGCCAAGAGCAUGAUCUCCGACUUUAGCGUCGAGGAGAAGGUGAACAUCACCACCGGCGUCGGCUGGGCCAAGGGCCUCUGCGUCGGCAACACGCCGCCCGUCAGGGACUUCCCUGGCUUCUGUCUCGAGGACUCGCCCCUCUCUGUCCGCUUCGCCGACUUCGUCACCGCGUUCCCGGCUGGCAUCACCGUCGCUUCUACAUGGAAUCGCGAGCUGAUGCGCCAGCGCGGCGCUGCGUUGGGCAAAGAGCACAAGGGCAAGGGCGUCAACGUCGCCCUCGGCCCGAUGAUGAACAUGGGCCGCAUCGCCGCCGGCGGGCGCAACUGGGAAGGGUUUGGCGCUGACCCCUAUUUGACUGGUGAAUCCGCGUACGAGACUAUCCUUGGCAUGCAGUCAUCCGGUGUGCAGGCGUGCGCUAAGCACUUUAUCGACAACGAGCAGGAGCAUUUCCGCACGCAGGUUAGCUCAAACGUGGACGACAGGACUCAGCAUGAGCUCUACGCCCACCCCUUCCUGCGCAGCGUCAUGGCCGGUGUCGCCUCCGUCAUGUGCAGCUACAACCUGGUCAACGACUCGUACGCGUGCAACAACGACAAGAUGAUGAACGACGUCCUCAAGCGCGAGUACGGCUUCCAGGGCUACGUCAUGUCCGACUGGCAAGCGACCGAAUCGACGCUCUCCGCCGUCGCGGGGCUCGACAUGACGAUGCCCGGCGACGUCACGUUCGACUCGGGCGACUCGUACUUUGGCGGGAACCUGACGACGUUCGUGCACAACGGCACGAUCGCGUCCGCGCGCCUCGACGACAUGGCGACGCGCAUCGUCGCGGCGUGGUACUACGUCCACCAGGACGACGAGGGCUAUCCGGCGGUGAACUUUAAUGCGUUCAACAACUACGACGAGGCGACGAAUGGGCAUGUGAAUGUCCAGGAGGACCAUUAUAAGAUCGUUAGGGAGAUCGGUGCGGCGGGUGCGGUGUUGCUCAAGAACGAGCGCGGUGCGUUGCCGCUUAACAAGCCCAAGCGGAUCGUGAUUGUCGGCGAGGACGCUGCGCCGGGCUUGUAUGGACCGAACGAGUUUGCGGACCAGGGCGGCGACGACGGUGUUUUGGCGAUGGGCUGGGGCUCUGGCACCGGCAACUUCCCGUACCUCAUCACCCCGCUCGAGGGCAUCCAAGAGCGCGCGCGCAAGGACGGCACGGGCGUCUUCUGGAACUUCGACAACUGGGGCAUCACCCCGGAGCCGGGCACGAACCCGAACAACGCGUCGCAGCUCGCGCUCGUGCAGGACGCCGCGCUCGUGUUCAUCAACGCGGACUCGGGCGAGCAGUACAUCAACGUGGACUCGAACGAGGGCGACCGCCAGAAUCUCACAGCGUGGAACAACGGCGACAACGUCGUGCUGAAUACCGCGGCGCUGAACAACAACACGAUCGUGGUUGUGCACAGCGUCGGCCCGCUUAUUGUGGAGCCAUGGAUCGACCAUCCGAAUGUGACGGCGGUGGUGUGGGCGAAUAUUGCGGGCCAGGAGGUCGGGAACUCGAUCGCGGAUGUGCUGUAUGGGGAGUAUAACCCGAGCGGUAAGCUCGUGUACACGAUCGCGAAGCGGCCCGAGGACUAUCCUGCGCAGCUGAAUGACGGCGGCGUGGGCCAGGAGAUCAUCGACGUCGACUAUACCGAGGGCUUGUUCAUCGACUACCGCCACUUUGAUGCCAAAAACAUCGAGCCCCGCUUCGAGUUCGGCUUCGGGCUAAGCUACACAUCGUUCAAGUACACGAACCUCAAGGCGCGCAAGGUCGGGAGCACCGACGACGCCGAGAACGCGCUCAUCGCGAAUUGGGAGGACGGCAAGGCCACGCCCAUCGCAGAAGGUUCCUCCGCUGCUCUUUGGCUGCACGAGCCCUACAUCAAAGUCACCUUCGAUAUCCAGAACACAGGCGACCUCGCCGGCACGGAGAUCCCACAGCUGUACCUGCACUACCCCGCGUCGGCGGCGGAGCCGCCCUCGGUGCUCCGCGGGUUCGCCAAUGUGAAGCUCGUGCCCAACCAGCUCAAGAAGGUCGAGCUCACGCUCUCACGGUACGAUCUGAGCGUGUGGGAUGUCGUCGACCAGGGCUGGCGCAAGGCCGAGGGCGUGUACACGUUCUCGGUCGGGCAGAGCAGCCGCAAGUUCUUGCUCAAGGGCACGCUGCCUCUGUGAUUCGAUUGUUUGGUAACCCGUGGACCGUUGGUUCAGAUUGGCGGUUCCCACCUGAGCGGUGGUUUUCUCCGUUUGGCACUGGACCGAGACAGAUUCUAAAACGGCGUAUUGGACGCUACGCUACACAUCUAACAUUUUACUUACAGUAAAACCCUUCCAUUCGUUCACCACAAGAUACCAACUCGAUUAUUCGCUCGUUUAUACAGAACUUUACCC